UAUACGUUUAAGAACCUUUAACCUUAUUGUCUGUGAAAAACCACUGAUGAUUUGUCUAUUUUAUUACCAUAAACAUUUUAAGUAGUCGGUGAAGGCAUUUAGCAAUUAGAAUUAUAUAAUGAAAUGGAGAGUUUAAAAACCGACUAUCGUUUUUCACACGUGAAUCACGGACCUUUAAAUAGUUCUUUGUCAAAGAAACUGGAUUCCUUAUUCUGAUUUUUUUUCCAGAAGAUUUAUACCACUUGUGCUUGAAAGUUGUGCAUGUAGUUAUAGUCAUUGAAAUGAGUUUUUUCGUGCAAUUGCUGGCUUUUCAUAUUGUCCAUGGGACUUUUGCCCUUGGUACUUUAUACAAAAGCACCGCUUCUUGUUUCGGCGUUACCACACCAGCAAGUAAUUUUAUGUCUUCUUCGUGUCCACCGGGAGAAGUAAUUGCAAUAAAGACUUUUACCGUCGCCUACAAAACAGCGGCACUGAAUUGCACUUUGGACAACGUUCGCAUCCAAAAUCAGUUUCAACUUUGUUGUUCGAACAUAACCGAACAAGACUGCCAAAUGUCAUAUAAUAUUCAUCCCAAUAAUGCAGUUCAGUAUAUAGAAAAUUGCAAUGGUAGGCGUAGUUGCAACGUGAUGGCUACUAGUGUUAUAUCACAGGAAUGUAUUGGAAUACCUGACCAUCCAAACUACAUGCAUAUAAACUACUAUUGCAUACCUGAGACGAGUAUUCUUAGCAGCAUGUCAGGAACGAUAACCUCUACGAGCUUAGGGCCGCAUGUUUAUCUGCAAAGUCCCGGUUUCAACAACGUUCAGAAGAUCCCGUCGGGAAAAUCUCUGACUUGCUCUGUCCACACGUGUGAUAUGGGCUCAAAACUCUCUAUAACACUGUGGCAGAUUGUGAUGGAAAACAAGUGGGGUCAAUGCCAACAAAGACUUAUUGUGAGACGACCCGACGGUAUCAUUAUCGGUAUUUGGAACUGUCAAAAUAACACAGCUUCGCCGAAAACAUUGCAAACAAGCGAACAGUAUCUUAUCAUUCAGCUAGAGAACAGCCUUACAUCUGAUUUGGGCUCGUUUUGGCUAGGAUUUGCUGGAUCCUCCCCGGAUGGUAGGGUAACAGUCUCGUGUCCUCCUGAAACGAAUCCAUGUGCUGGUGUCUCUUCAACAAUAUAUUCAACAUCGACACCUAUGACGACCACCACCAAAGCAACAACAACAAUGGAUUCAACAACUACACCAAUGACGCCGACCACCACAACCACAACCACUACCACCACCACCACAACAACAACAACAACAGAUUCAACAUCUACACCAAUGACGCCGACCACCACCACCACCACAACAACAACAGAUUCAACAUCUACACCAAUGGUGACGACGCCCACCACCACAGCAACAGCAUCGAUCUCAACGACUGCUGGACAAUCCAGCACUUCAAAUAUAACAGAAGAGAAUACAACAUCAAUAAUAAAUGUAGAAACUUUAUCCAAUUCGAAAACAACUUUGGGGUCAACACUAUUGGACACAUCAACUACACCAAAACAUAAAAAAGGUUUGAGGAACGCAAGUAUUGGUAUCGUCGUAGGAGGAGUAGCGGGUUUUGGUCUUAUUGCUUUUAUGCUUUCGAUCGUUUUUAUUCGAAGGAGGAUAAAUAAUGGAAAGGCACAUCGAACUGCACAAGCAUCAGAAUCAAAUAGGAAUACCAACGGAACGACAAACCCUAGUUACGCACCUUCAAGUUCAUCAUACUGCAUGGUUGGUAGAAUUGCCGGGGGCGCAAGCUAAAGGACCAUCUUCAUUCCUACCCGAAUUAGCAACAUUUUAAGAUGGCUAUAUGCAGAUAUUUGACUUAUAUAAAUGCUAGUAGGGUAAUAUUUUGGUGUCAACAUUGUUCAGAUAGUAUAGUUAUUGUUUUAUACCUACAUUAGUCUGCCUCGUCGUUUUUUUCUCAAACAGGCGUUCACCGAUUUACGCUGGCGGUGCUUAACGAGAUUGAACAAGUUGUGUGACGGAAAUCAGCAUACGCUGUAGAGAAUGAAGUGCUCGCGGAGGUUAAGCAUGUGAUAGAAAUGUCGCAGCAAAUGAUUCGUUGUAACGGAAUAAAGGUUGUAUACUCCUGAAAAGGUCCAUGCAACUACCAUGACUUUAUCCCUUUGGCACUCCUCGCAAAUUAAACUAAACUUUGGUAGUCUGUUCGAUACCCUAAAAAUUGAAAAAAAUAAUCUUAACGUGAAAAUUGUGAUGAAAAGUACUUGAUCAGGAAAGGUUCCCGCCCCUUCUGCUAGUUCUUUUGCUAUCUUUUUCCCAACACGCAUUGGUUUAAACUGUGUUUUUCCUGACCUUUUGUUAUUUUAUUUCAAAUUGUGUGUGUGUGCUUUGCGGAGAUUUCGUUGUCCCUGCAACUCUGAAUGUUUGAAUAAUUGUUUUUACCAUGCAAAGAUGUCAAAUACACACACAUAAAAAACUACUCUUAAA